UGCAAACGCAGGGAGCAGCGCAGGGCCUGUGCGCAUGCGCGGCCUGUGCAUGGUAGCCAGCAUGGCGCCGGUGGAGCAUGUAGUGGCUGACGCCGGGGCUUUCUUGAAGGAUGCGCCUCUACAGGACUUUGGAAAAAACAUCUACACCAUCCGGGAGGUGGUCAGAGAGAUUCGCGACAAGGCCACGCGCAGGCGGCUGGCAGUGCUGCCUUACGAGCUGAGGUUCAAGGAGCCCUUCCCGGAGUACGUGCGGCUGGUGACUGAGUUUUCCAAGAAAACCGGGGACUACCCCAGCCUCUCUGCCACCGACAUCCAGGUGCUGGCGCUCACUUACCAGCUAGAAGCGGAGUUCGUCGGGGUGGCUCAUCUAAAAAAAGAGCCAGAAAAGGUUAAAGUGAGUUCUUCCAUUCAGCACCCUGAAACUCCUCUGCACAUUUCUGGUUUCCAUCUGCCCUCCAAGCCUAAGCCAUCACAAGAACCAGCGGAUGGCGGCCACACUGCGGACGGGCCUGAGGACCUGGAGUUCAGCUCCUUCAUGUUCUGGAGGAACCCUCUGCCUAACAUUGACCACGAGCUGCAGCAGCUGCUGGUUGACCAAGGAGAGGAGGAAGAGGAGGCCGAGGAGUUUGAAGACAGUGAUGAUGAUGGGGGUGGCUGGAUAACCCCCAGCAACAUCAAGCAGGUCCAGCAGGAGUUGGAGCAGUGUGACAUCCCAAAGGACGUGCGCGUUGGCUGUGUGACCACAGACUUCGCCAUGCAGAACGUUCUACUUCAGAUGGGGUUGCACGUGCUGGCAGUGAACGGCAUGCUGAUCCGAGAGGCCCGGAGCUACAUCCUGCGCUGUCAUGGCUGUUUCAAGACAACGUCAGACAUGAACCGAGUGUUCUGUGGGCAUUGUGGGAACAAGACCCUGAAGAAAGUAUCUGUGACCAUCAAUGACGAUGGCACCUUGCACAUGCAUUUCUCCCGAAACCCCAAAGUGCUGAACGCAAGAGGCCUCCGGUACUCACUGCCCACCCCUAAAGGGGGCAAAUACGCCAUGAACCCCCAUCUGACUGAGGAUCAGCGCUUCCCCCAGCUGCGGCUCUCCCACAAGGCCAGGCAGAAAACCAACGUGUUUGCCCCUGACUAUAUAGCUGGGGUGUCUCCCUUUGCAGAGAAUGACAUCUCCAGUCGCUCAGCCACCCUGCAAGUCCGGGACAGCACGUUGGGAGCUGGGCGGAGACGCUUAAAUCCCAAUGCUUCUAGAAAGAAGUUUGUAAAAAGAAGGUGACAUUGCAAGCCUUG